UUGGAAAUUUUGGAAAGCCUUUUCGAGUUUUGGUUACUUCCCCCCGUUCAUCAUUUCACGUUAAACACCCUAAACACCCUGAAAUUUCAAAAAUCCCCCGCCUUCGCCGCCACCCGCCGUCGGGCCGUGUAUAAAUCCGGCGGGCACCACCGUGCUUCCUUCUCGUUCUUUAUCCGUGGCUAGGGUUAGGGUUUUGAAUGAAGGUUUCGAGAGCUAGGGCUUGCUUCCAUCGACGAUGAGCGCUGUGAACAUCACCAACGUCACCGUCUUGGAUAACCCUGCGGCUUUCCUCAAUCCCUUCCAGUUCGAGAUCUCGUACGAGUGCCUCAUCCCUCUUAAAGAUGAUUUGGAAUGGAAGUUAACGUAUGUAGGAUCUGCAGAGGAUGAAACUUAUGAUCAGCUUCUUGAGAGUGUUCUUGUUGGUCCUGUCAAUGUUGGAAACUACCGGUUUGUUUUGCAGGCAGACCCACCUGACCCUUCGAAGAUCCGUGACGAGGAUAUAAUAGGAGUGACUGUGCUACUUCUAACCUGCUCUUAUCUGGGUCAGGAAUUCAUCCGUGUUGGCUACUAUGUGAACAAUGAUUACGAUGAUGAGCAACUAAGAGAAGAGCCACCUCCAAGAGUAUUGAUUGACAGAGUUCAGAGAAACAUCUUGGCUGACAAACCCCGUGUCACAAAGUUCCCCAUCAACUUCCAUCCUGAAACCAGUGAGGGAGGAGCCCAACAACCACCUUCCCCUUCACCUGAAAACCCGAAUUCCGAUGAAUUUCAGCCAGGACAGUCUGAAAACAAUGGAUGUGAUGAGCCUCAGCCUACCUUGCCCCAAGGUCCCCAAGUCUAAGAAUGAAAGGCCCACCAUGUUUUUUUCCAGUGCUAAAACACCCUUCAGUGUUAAAAAUGGAGUUUUCAUUUCAAUGAAAGCAGACUUUGUGAGCUCUUUCUAAUUGAGUAAUUGUUGUCAUUUUAA